AUGUUCGAUGAACCAUCUUCAUAUUUAGAUGUUAAACAAAGAUUAAGAGCUGCUGAAGUUAUUAGAUCUUUAUUAUCUGCUACUACUUAUAUUAUUUGUGUGGAACAUGAUUUAUCCGUUUUAGAUUAUCUUUCCGAUUUCGUUUGUAUUUUAUAUGGUGCUGCUUCAGUUUAUGGGGUUGUUUCAUUACCAUCAUCAGUUAGAGAAGGUAUCAAUAUCUUUUUAGAUGGUCAUAUUCCAACGGAAAAUAUGAGAUUUAGAACUGAAUCAUUACAAUUUAGAUUAGCUGAUGCUGCUGAAGGUUUAAUCUUAGAUAAAUCAAAUGCUAUGACUUAUCCAAAUCUUGUUAAAACUCAAGGUGAAUUCAAAUUAACCGUUGAAACUGGUGAUUUUACAAAUUCAGAAAUUUUAGUUAUGAUGGGUGAAAAUGGUACUGGUAAGACUACAUUCUGUAGAUUAUUAGCUGGUUUAAUAGCUCCUGAUGACGGAGUUCAAAUGCCAAAAUUAAAUAUUUCAUUCAAACCUCAAAAAAUUGCUCCAAAAUUCCCUGGUACUGUUAGACAAUUAUUCUUUAAAAAAAUUAGAGCAUCAUUCUUACAUCCUCAAUUUCAAACUGAUGUGGUUAAACCAUUAAAAAUUGAAGAUAUCUUAGAUAAUGAAGUUAAAACUUUAUCGGGUGGGGAAUUACAAAGAGUUGCUAUUGUAUUAGCUUUAGGGGUUCCAGCUGAUAUUUAUCUUAUUGAUGAACCUUCUGCUUACUUAGAUUCUGAACAACGUAUUAUUUGUUCUAAAGUGAUUAGAAGAUUUAUUUUACAUGCUAAGAAAGCUGCCUUUGUGGUAGAACAUGAUUUCAUUAUGGCCACUUAUUUAGCUGAUAGAGUUAUUGUCUUUGAAGGAUAUAUGUAUGGUAAUAGUUUAAAUAUUUGGAUGGUAUGACUCUUGGCUACGUCGCCCGCUCUUCUCAUUUUAUAGAUAUGUAUUUAAGCUACUAGUAUAUAUACCCUAUUU